AUGGCCGCUUCGACUCGCUCAAGCCGUACUUCGUCGCCUUCUUCGGGACGUGGAACAUCCAGGGUGCGUGGUGCUUCCUGACCGGGCUCGCCGUGUGGGCGGCCAACGCCCGCGACCCGGCGGAGCAGCCUGCGUUUGGCUGGCUCGACGGCGUCGGCGUCUGCGUCUGGUGCGUCGGCUUCGGGAUCGAGGUGGUCGCCGACCGCCAAAAGGCGGCGUGGCGCGCGCUGCCGUCGUCCAAGGGGCGGUACAUCGACGUCGGCCUGUGGCGCUACUCGCGCCACCCAAACUACUUUGGGGAGUGGCUGCUCUGGACGGGGCAGUUUGUGCUGUGUGCGAGCGCAUUCGGCAGCGGCGACGCGACGGGCGCGUUCGUCGGCGCGGGCUUCCUGAGCGCCGCUUCGCCCGUCUUCGUCUACCUGCUGCUCAACUACGUCUCGGGCGUCCCGCUGCUCGAGAAGCGGAGCGACGAGCGGUGGGGCGGCGAGCAGGUGUACCUCGCGUACAAGCAGGAGACGUAUGUCUUCUUCCUGCUGCCCACGCGGCGGACCGAGGCGAGCCGCCCGCUCCUCUGA